UAUAAAAGGUGGCGGCGCGCGCCCGCCGGGGUCGCACAGUAGCAGUAGCGGGCUCGGCACGGCGCAGCGGGCGACAUGGCCACCACGGCAGCGGCGCUCACAGUGAUCGCCACAGCCCUCCUCACAGCCAGUCCGGCGCACGGGCUGCCGCCAACACCAGUUCGACGCCAGGUAUUGCCACCAGUUCCUGGGUACAUCCCGGUGUACAUCCAGCAUGGUGAUGUUGCUCCAGAGGACACAGUUGAGCUGGCUGACCUCUUCCGUGUUGCUGGUGACAACUUGCCACCUGCUGAUGUAGUGUCUGAUGCACUAUUUGGUGCUCCCACUGUUCUAUCGCCUAACACCAGCAAUGGCAGCACAGAAGCAGGAUCCACCUCUGCAAGUGAAAACACGAGUAGCCAGUCAGCAAGUACAAUACCAGCUGCUGUACAAGAUGCCAAACAGCCAUCUUCUGAGGACAAACCAAGUAAACAAGAACCAGCAAACAGUGAACAUGGGACACCCAUUGCAUCAAUAAAUGGAUCGGCCCAGAGUGAAGCAGAUAAUGCAGUCGGUGAUCCUGCAGGGGAAGAUAAUUCAGAAGUGCAUGAGAUCAUUAAUCUCGAACCAUUCCCUGAAAAGGUUGAGAUAGGAGCAGAUAAACUAAUAGAGAUGCUUGAUGCUUCCAAGAUGGAUGCUGAGGAGAGCCAGAGCAAUAAUGCAGAGCAGACCUCGCCUGCAUUUGAGGGAUCAGCAGAUGCUGAAAUGCCCACUACUGAAGCGACAAUGUCUGCCAAAUGAAUUAUUCCUUUCAUUUUUCAUGGGUGCAAUGUCAUAAUUGAAGGCUUUAACACUGAAACCAUGGUUUCAAAACAUAUGUCAAUAUUACUGCAUCUCGACUAGGACUCACAAGAGCUGGAACUUUCACAAAGUCAUAAACCAAACAAUUGGUAGAGGUCCCACACAAGUAACAGAUAUAUCCAACAUAUUUUCUAUGUCUCUAUAAUAUGCAAGAAGAUACCUAUCAGAUGUAGGCACUGUGAAUGAAAUUCAUAACUGGCCUGAAUCUUUUGAUAUAUUUUUGCUACAUAAUGUCUCAAAACCUUCUUUGGCUCUGAUUUUCCUCAUUUAAUUGUCUUUAGACUGAGAAUUCACUGCUGUGAGAGACCAGUUGUAAAUGAUGGAGUGAGUCAAACAUACUUUGUCAAAGGUUUUUUUUACUAACGUUAGCCAGGGUAUGAAGGGAAAAUUGUGUCUGAACAACUAGAGAACAGACUUUCAACCCAACAUCGAUACUAUAGAAAUCCACUUCUUAAUCACCACACCAAUUUAUUUGGUAAAUGCAUAAUUCCAGAGAAAUAUACAUAACAAAAAUGGCUCUAAGCACUAAGGGACUUAACAUCUGAGGAAAUCAGUCCCAAUAUACAUAACCAUAUUAUUAAUUGAAGUGGUUUAUGGGUGCUUUCUUUUACAAUGAGAAGAGCAACAAUAUGUUUUAAGCCUUAUGUGACUGGACAGGAUGUGACAUUAAGAGACCCUGUCAGAAUUGUAAUAUUGCCAAUCAAAGUGCCUUUGUGCCAACUCCAUUGACUACACUUAAAAAGGAAGUGAUGACUAUGUAAAUAGAUUCUUUGUCAAGCACAUCAUGUAUUUAUUUGAUUUUAACAUUUAAAUGCUAAAGAAGAGCACCAUCCAAUGAUGAAUUUAAUUCUUACUGAUUAAGCAGUAAGUUUCUUAGUGAAUUUAUUAUUUCUUAUUUUUGGAGACAUUUGAGUAGUUUUGCAGAUUAUAUAGGAAUGUAAUCUGCUCAGAUCAGGGAGAUGAACUGUGGAUCCUUUAGUAUUGUGUCUGUCAGACCCCAAUAAACAAUAUAGUGCUUUAUUCAUUCAUAUGAAUAUUUUAGAUGACUGCAUUUAGCCCAUGACGGCAUUGUUGACAAUUUCUUCAUUAUUUACUCUUCAGACAUCACAAACAACACAUUUGUACCUUCAAAACAUUAUAUCUAAGACAACAUAAGUAAACUGAUGUAUGUUUAAAUUCAGACGAAAAUCUGUAAUAAGCUCACUGCAGGCAAAAUUUAGUGUAUCAAGGAAAAAUGUUUCCUAUAAAAAUCUGCAGUUAAUAACUGAGCUGAAUGGAUCCAUUCUGCAAGAGUCUGAAAUAGAAAAAAGAACGUUAAUUUUAAGAAUGUGGAUUCCAAAUUAAAUUGGUUUCCUCCUUUGAUACUGAGGAAUACAAUAUUCUGAUCCAUUGACAAAAUGUUACAGCACUUCUUGCUCACACGGUGUUGCCUAGUUCAAUGGAUGUGAAUUUGUUUAAUGUAAUGUGCUCAAAUCCAUUAUAAAUUUAUUUUAAAAAGAAUAAAACACUAAUUCUUUCUGA